AUGGCCUCAGCACAGAACCCCAGCCUGGAGGUGAAGUCUGGUGUGGACAGGAGGCGAGGUGCUGGUGUAGACUGCAGUGGAAGAGCUGUUGUACUGAAUGUUUUCUUUAUUUUUCUAAUUUAUUCCUAUGAUUUUUGUACUUUUGUAACUGAGAUGGUGCGAAGCUCAUUCUAUACUGCUUAUUCGAAGAGGAGACCAUUAGAGUAUCAAGCAGACAUAUUCCCACAAGGAUUACCCAUUGAGCAGAAACUGAACUGGACCCAGCCCCAUAUCAAUCCUGUGGUUACAAGAGAAGGUCCAGCUGGGCAGGGGCUGGGCAUAACCCACACAACGCUGACGAGAAAAAUGGACAGUUCGGUCAGUCGCGAGGCAGAGGAGCUGAGGAGUUUGGGCCCAGCGAAUGGCGUGGGGGUGAAGUACCGACGGACCCUAGACGGAGGAGGAGGAGGAGGAGGAGCAGCUGGUGGGGGUGGCACUUACUAUCGCCCCCUGGGCAGGUCUCCGGGUGAGGGGGGGUACCACCGCCCCGUGGGUGGGUACAGCCGUGUGGCGGGGAAGCUGCAGCCGGGAGACGGCAGGGUCCGGGGCUGCGGGCAUGUCCAGGCGCAGGGAGACAGGAGGAGCUUCGGGAGGCGCUUCGACCGGAAGCCGGCUGAAGGUUCGGCCAACGGCUUUGCCCGCAGAUGGAAGCCCAGGCCCCUGGGGAGGGGCUGUCCAGGGAGCCGGGUGACCGCGCCUCGCCAUGGCGAAGGGCGGGAUUCCCCAGCUUCCCCAGACGACGCGGAGGGGAGUGGCGGCGCUGGUGAAGAGGAGGACGAGGAGGAGGACGAGGAGGAGGUGGAGGAGCCGCAGCAUCGCUGGGCCCUGUUCAAACCACCAGCGGCUUUCCCCAUCGACAGCAGCAGCGCCAGGAUCAGUUACGCCAGCAAGCUGAAGGAGAACCUCAGUGUUGACACGGCUGGCACGGGACAAGUAUGCGACAGCAGUGAAACUGGCCCCAGGCUGGGUCAGGGACUGAGGGCCAUCUUCCACAAUCAGUGGGGCCUGUCUUUCAUCACUGAGCCUGGCACGGGCAGCGAUGGCUCGAGAACCCAGCAGCGGGCAGGACUGAACUGUCAGCAGGCCCUGGAUCCUGGCCGGCUGGGAGGCCCCAGCCCAGAAACCUCGCCGCCCGCAAACAGACUGAGCCCCGACUGCGAGCAGUGGAGAGGUUCUGACCCGCUCGAGCUGCAGGAUGUCGUGCGGUACUUCUCCAGAGAAUGGGAUCGCAUUUGGGAGAGACACAAACGAGAACCAUCUGUGGUUGUGCUAUAUGAGGAAUCACCAAACACCACUGAUUGUGUCUGAUUGAGUGACACUGCUGGCUCCAGGCAAUUUGCGACAAGGCUUUGGAAAAGCGAGGAGAGGUUGCAGGUCUGUGGCUUCCACCCCCCCCUCCCCCCGCCUGCUGUCCGGCACUGAACUGCACCUAUCAAAAGCAGGAAGGAGGGUCAAACUCAAAACUCAGGAUAACCAGUCACGCAGCAAGUUGGGAAAUGUUGCAGACAAGUGAUUAAAGGCCUGUUUUUUCCAAA